UCACACAAGUUGGCAUGGCCAUUCAUGAAACGUCCGCCAGCUUCGGUCCUUGAGAGCAAACGGCCGCAACUGAAAGAACCAAUUGAUCUUCCACGCCUUAUUGCCGACUUCAAGGCUGGCGCUUACCACUCCCUGGGGGACUUCUCGUUUGCCGGUAAUCAGCUCUUCUCCAAUGCCCGUCUCCUGCACCCCAAGGAUUCCAACGAGUUCUACUGCACGGACGUCCUAGAGGCCUUCUUUCUGCAUCGAAUGAAGGAAAUUCGUGGCCUUGUAAAUCACUGA